AUGGAUGGUAGGCCCAACUUACUGCUCCACAAUCUUGGAGACAGCCAUAAGAAAGCGGAUGCCAUAUUCACAGAGGCCAAAGUCGUGCUAUGCAAUACUUCAGGAUCGGGCAAGACUCGAGUUCUUUUGGACGGACUUUCGAAUCGCUGGGGUUUCUAUCUCACCGCGGAGCCAUCACUGGACCACAUUGGGUCCUCGGAUUUGGGGUACAUGAUUGACAGAAUGAGCGGAAAAGCAGGAUGGGCGAGCGGCGUCUUCGACGGUGUGUCCAACCGCCGUGUGACACAAUCCAAAAGUCAAACCAACGAGAAAAUUGCAAAGCUGGGGGUAUCUCGUAUCCUCUUCGCCAGAUGGAGCAUACUCAAAGUCUUCCUUGAGGUAGCCAAGCAAGUCCAUGGGUCGCUACCCCCGAAUAUCAAAGAGAGUUGGCUUUUGUUCCAGAUCCUCUCGCCCACUAGCGAUGUUUUCAGGCAAUUCAUCGACUCUUGCCUUGCCGGUGUCGACACAGAUCAGCAAAUCCCGCGAAUUCAUCUCUUCGACGACGAGAGCACUCUGUUCUACUAUGUGCUAGACCAGAUUCAAGAAGCCGAACAUGCCCUCAUGGGUUGCUUUUCGGACUCUAGUGGCCUGCAGCGAGGAUCUCUCCUUCUACCUCUAGUCCAACGACUCUUGGACGAUAACCACCAUGUCAUCUUGUCGGGUGUAAGCUUCUCGCUUGAUCAUCUCCCAACUGCCACCACGUCCCAAGUUCAGUGGCACAUUCAUCAUCAGAUGGACGACCUCUCAGACCCAAACCGACAGGAAGCGUACAUACGGCGAUAUCUUCCCGAGACGUUUCUCGCCUCUGAUGUCGGGCGUGAGUUGGUCAAGCGGAUGUGGGAGUCAUGUCGAGGACGACCCAUAUUUACGACUGCGGUACUCGAGAAGCUAAUGAUCGGGGAGUGGCACACAUAUGGACCCUCAUCUCCGAUGACUGUCUUGAAUGCAUGUAUCCGGUCACUUACUGGAUAUAAUGCACUCAAAUCCAACUGGAAGAUCUCGGACGAACCUGCCAUCUCGCACACUUCGCUUCGAUCGUUCUAUUGGAGCGCAAUAGACACAGGCGCGUCACUCUAG